ACGAAUAAAGAUCCGCCCUCCUGAAUCUCGAGAGAAGACGGAAGAAAAGAGGAGCAGCAGAAAAAAACGCGCCGUGUCCUUAAAAAGGCGAACUCGGAAGAAAAGGCAGCGACCCCCGUCUCAAGAUCUCGUCAAAACCUAGAUUUGGAAAUCCAAGAAGGAAACACUAGAAGUCUCACGGUCGAUUCUUGAUCUCUGUCGGCAUGGACGACUCCGGCGAGCCUCGACCCGUGGCGGCGGCAGCGGCGAUCUAGAGGCAAGGAGAGGGGGAGGAGAAUGGACGAGCUCGUGGCGGUGAGAAGGCACUCGCAUGGAAUCGAUCGAAGCAGCGGAUGCCAUUCCUCUUCUGCCGAAGGGUCAACAGCAUGGAUCGGGAAGGGCCUCUCUUGUGUUUGUGCUCAGAGAAGAGAAAGUGAUGCACGCCUAUCAUUUGAUCUAACCCCUUCUCAGGAGGAAUGUCUACAGAGGCUACAAGAACGCAUAGAUGUUACUUAUGACAGUAACAAGAUUGAGCACCAGGAAGCCUUAAGAGCUCUCUGGCGUGCAGCUUUUCCUGAAGUUGAACUCAGAGGUUUGAUAUCUGAACAAUGGAAGGAAAUGGGAUGGCAAGGAAAAGAUCCGUCUACAGAUUUCAGGGGUGGUGGUUUCAUAUCAUUGGAGAAUCUGCUGUUCUUUGCAAAGACUUAUCCUAAAACCUUUCAGGAUCUUCUCCGAAAGCUAGAGGGCAACCGAUCUGAUUGGGAAUAUCCAUUCGCUGUAGCUGGUGUGAAUAUAACAUUUAUGCUAAUACAGAUGCUUGAUCUUCAAACUGUCAAACCAAGGACAAUGAUGGGAGCGGUUUUCCUAAAGCUACUUUCAGAAAAUGAGCGAGCCUUUGAUGUUCUGUACUGCAUAACUUUCAAGUUGAUGGAUCAUCUUUGGCUUGAGAUGCGUGCAUCAUACAUGGAGUUCAAUUCGGUAAUGAAAGCUGCUCGCCGUCAACUUGAAAGAGAGCUGUUAUUAGAAGACAUUCAAAGGGUGGAAGACAUGCCCUCCUAUGGACUCCUCGCUUGGUAGUUGAAAAUAGUUCGUUUUGGCUUGUUUGAUUUUUCAGAUAUUCCUCGUGUUUCAAUAUUGUGUUUUUUCUCCCCACGGUUGUUUCGGAAUGUGUUCAUAUUAAGGUUUUUUAUUAUCCUU